AUGCCUGCCCAGAAGCGCUCCCUCCCCGACUCUCUUGACGAAGGGGACACUUCACACCACAACCUCUUCCAUUCUCGACAUGCGAAGCACCAACAACAGCAACAACAGGACCAGUCGCACGAGCACGACGAGGAUCACCAUCAUGAAGAGGAGGAACAAGAAGAAGAAGAAGAGGAGGAGGAGGAAGAAGAAGGGGAAGGAGAAGAAGAAGAAGAUGACGAGGAAGAAGAAGACGAAGAAGUAGAAGAAGCGGCGCAUGAUAACGACGACAAGGAAAAGCCACAGGAUUCCGACGAAACCCCAUCCUCUGGCUCUGAAGAAAAACCUGAAUUCGUGUAUGUAGAACUUCAGGAAAUACGGAAAGAUGUCCAAUGUCCCAUUUGCCUUGGCAUUAUCAAGAAGACAAGAACUGUCAUGGAAUGCUUGCACCGUUUCUGCAGGGAAUGCAUUGACAAAUCAAUGCGACUGGGGAAUAAUGAAUGCCCUGCCUGCCGCACACAUUGUGCCAGCCGUCGUUCCUUGAGAGAUGAUCCAAAUUAUGAUGCCCUUAUUGCUGCUUUAUAUCCAGAUAUUGAGAAGUACGAAGAAGAGGAGCUUGAAUUUCGUGAAGAGGAGAAGAACCGCAAUAAGCAGAUUCAAGCUUCAAUAGCAAAAGUAGUUCAACGGCAAUCAGAAGCACUUGUUAAGAGACGUAAAGAUACACCAGGAGCAUUUGUUACAAGAUCACAGCGUAAUCAACGAAACAUUCAUUCUAGGAGGCAAACCCUAGCAAAUGAAGGAUCCGAAGAUAAUGAGGAGGAAAAUGAAAAUAAUGAAAAGGAUUCAUCUUCGGCUGAUGAACGAAGUACAGAACACAGGCAGAAAAGGCGAAAGAGAUGGGCUAGAGUUCGCCCCUCUCAACCCUCAUCAUCAAUGGCAAGUCCAGAUGGAGGCAAUGAUAGUGAUAUGGAUGUAAGUAGAGAAAAUCGUGGAAUUUCAAGGCACGUGUCAAAACCUAGGAAGCUUACUUGGGGAAGGGGUGGUUUUCGAAGUCACACAAGACAUGGCAGUGGUGGUGGUAGCAAUAGCAAAAGUUCUCGUGGUAGUCGAUUGUCUAAGUUUGUUGACCAUCUCCGAAGCUUGGAUGAAAACAUUAAUGAGUUUGAUGUCAGUCUCGUGCUUGUUUCUCUCGAUCGUCAAAGUACACCAAGUUUGCCGCAACCUUACCUUUGCUGUCGACCAACUGUGUCUAUUGGGCACCUUUACGAAUAUAUUGCUCGUCAGACACCUUUUCCAGUUGAAGGAAUCGAGAUACUGGCAGUCAAAAGAUGUCACAGUACCAAUCGUGACAGGGCAGCUGAUGACAAUUCAAUCCUGAUAUAUGAUGAGCUAUCAACGCUGGUUAUAGAUCCACACAAAGAUGAACUGGAAGUAUUGCAAGAACAUGAGACUCUGUCAGGGAUUAGGUCCAAAUGCAUAUCCAAGAUGGGGCAUUUGAUUCUUGCAUACAGGCGGAAGGAAGUUUCAUAG